UGCAGCAGUUAGGAAAAAUGAAACAAGAUAAUGCAAUUUAUAACAAUUGAAUACUUGGAAUAAUUUUUAUUAUAGUUAUCAAAAAUGUAUCGACCAUUGAAAUAUGUAUGUUAUCUAAAAUAGCCUUAUUUUGUAGUUUUGUUAUGUGCCGUAUGUGAAUACUGAACUUUUUAGCAAAUGUUACUAGGUAAAAAGAAGUCUUGUUACAUUUUCCAGUGAAAAUAGUAUUUUUUUUAAAGAACACAGUAUCUUAAGUAAUCUAGUAAUUUUGAAAUAUCGUUCAGAAAACAGUUGUAGUAGAAUAUUUAUUUUGAAUCAAUUGAUUUACUGGCCCAUGUGCAUGUCUAACAUGUUUGUAACAGUGUACAUAACACGUGUUAAAAUGAUAUACUUCACAUGAUAUUGUAAUUGACUGUAAACAAACAUCUUUAGCCAUUGUUUUCAAAAUCCAUUUUAACUGCAAAAUUUGAUUUACAUCAACUUUAUCUUAUCUUUUCAUAUGGAUUGCUACAAGAAAUUCUUAUUAUCGUAACAUUUGUUCAUUUUUUGAGUUCAUUUUAUGAAUCAUGCCAGAUGUCGAUACAUUAUGUCUUUUCAUUUAAAAGUAAAUUUAUUUCUUCAUUUAGUAAUAAACAUUAUGCGAGUAAUACAAAAUGCGAAAUAUUUAUCUACGUGUCAAAACCAUCCAGUCAUUGUGUCAGAUUCGCAAUGCGAGUAAAAAUACAUCUCCGUUUUCUCAUACUGUUUUACUUCCAAAAACAACAUUUCCAGCCAAAGUCUCUUCCAGUAUUGCUCAAAUAGAAAAUUCAAUUCAGCAGACUUACAAAUUUGAUGACUUAUAUGAAUGGCAAAGAACCAAUAAUGAAGGAGAAGAAUUCAUACUGCAUGAUGGGCCGCCAUAUGCAAAUGGUGAUGUUCAUGUUGGACAUGCACUGAAUAAAAUUCUUAAAGAUGUCACGAAUCGUUAUAAAAUGAUGAGAGGUUAUCGUGUCCAUUACGUUCCAGGAUGGGAUUGUCAUGGAUUACCUAUCGAAAUCAAAGCUAUUAAAACAAGUGACCAUCACACACUUACUCCUAUGCAAAUUAGGACUGAGGCGAAGAAAUUUGCGGAGAAAACUAUAUUGAGACAAAAAGAUGCCUUCAAAAGAUGGGGAAUAAUGGCAGAUUGGAGUAAUGAAGGCUGUUAUUUUACAUACACAAAACAAUUUGAAGCCAAAGAAAUUGAAGCAUUUUAUGAAAUUUAUAAAAAGGGAUACAUUUAUAGAGAUUUAAAACCUGUCUACUGGUCACCCUCAAGUUGCACAGCAUUGGCAGAAGCUGAGUUGGAAUAUAACACAGAUCACAAAAGCAGAUCUGUCUAUAUAUCUUUCCCUAUGACAGACAUUCCACCAUUUCUGAAGGAUUUUGUUCCAGAUAACUCUGUUAUAAAUAUCAUUGUGUGGACCACUCAACCAUGGACAAUACCUGCUAACCGUGCUGUCUGUUAUGCUAAUGAUGAAAGUUACCACCUAGGUAGAACUGAAGAUGGUAGAUUUUUUAUCCUAAUUGGAAAACAGCAAGAAAAUUUACAAAAGAUAUUUGAUGCCAAACUCCACACAUUACUGACGUUUGAAGGCAAAAAACUUGAAGGAAUGAAAUGCAAACAUCCAAUGAAUGCCACAAGAAUCACACCACUGUUGCCAUCAUCUCAUGUAACAUUAGACAAAGGAACUGGAUUUGUUCAUGUUGCACCAGCGCAUGGGGCAGAGGAUUUUAUAUUGGGAGUACAACAUGGACUUGAUGUGACUAGUGGAGUAGAUGAUAUGGGAAAAUUUACUGAAAUUUCUGGAUUUGAUUUGGAUGGGAUGUUUAUUUUUGAUGACGGAAAUGAUUCAGUUAUCGAGAGAUUAAAACAGAAUAAUAAAUUGAUUCACGAACAUGAAUAUAUUCACAGCUAUCCUUAUGACUGGAGAACAAAGAAGCCUAUAUUUGUUAAAACAAGCAGGCAAUGGUUCGUAGACACAGAAUCUUUGAAAGGAACAACAACAAAGCUACUUGAAGAUGUAAAAAUCAUUCCAACUUCUGGUCGUGCAAGUAUGAUGUCACAAUUAAAAGGAAGAACAUUUUGGUGCAUUUCAAGACAGAGAGCGUGGGGUGUACCAAUACCUGUAUUUUACCAAAAACACAAAGGGGAGUCACUGCUGUCAGAAAACAAUGAAAUGCUGCUCACAGACGCUUCCAUAAAACACAUUAUUUCAGUAAUAGAGGAAUAUGGUUCAGAUGGAUGGUGGAAAUUACCGAUGCAUCAACUUUUACCUCAAUCUGUUUUAGAUGAUGCUGGUUUCCAUAAUUCAUCUCCUGAUGAUUUUGAACCAGGAAAAGAUAUUCUUGAUAUAUGGUUUGAUUCUGGAUUAACUUGGGCAGCUGUUCUAGGGAAAGAAGGUGCAAAAAAACAUUCUGAUAUUCCUGUUGCUGAUCUAUACUUGGAAGGAAAGGAUCAGUACGGUGGAUGGUUCCAAUCUUCAUUGCUGACAAGUUGUGCAGUUCGGGGGAGAGCUCCUUACAAAAAUUUACUUGUUCAUGGAUUUGUAUUGGCAGAAUCAGGAGACAAGAUGUCCAAAUCUCUCGGAAAUGUCAUUGAUCCUAUGGUUGUAAUAAAUGGAGGGAAGAAUUUGAAUAAAAAUCCAUCAUAUGGAGCAGAUGUGUUGAGACUUUGGGUUGCAGAGUCAAAUAUUUACCAUGAAGUUUUAAUUGGAAAAAAUAUUCUUGAUUCAACUAAAGAUUCAUUAAACAAAAUCCGACUUUGCUUCAGAUUUCUUCUUGGUAGUAUAUCAGAUUUUCGAUUUGAUGAUCACAAAGUAUGUCUGAAAAAAAUGUGGAGUGUUGACAGAUAUAUGCUUUCUUUAUUACACAAAUACACCAAUGAGGUCACUGAAGCAUAUGAUUGUUACGAUUAUGGGAAAGUGACUCGUCUAUUGUUACGUUUUAUGACAAAGUUAUCAAGUUUUUUUUUCACAAUCAUAAAAGAUAGGCUUUACUGUGAUGAACAGAAUAGUGUUGCAAGAAGAUCUUGUCAAACUACAAUAUACCAUAUACUCAAUAUUCUUGCCAAAUCAGCAGCUCCUAUCCUGCCACAUUCAAUGGAGGAAGUUGUAACGCAUCAUCCAUGUCCAAUAACGGAAAGCAUCUUCAAGAAUGGUUGGUGUGAUGCAGAUAUCUCUGAAGAAUGGCGUGAUGAGUCAAUACACAAUAACUUCUCACAUUUAAUAAAUAUUAGAGAUAUAUUUACUUCAAAACUACAAGGAAAAGAACAUCUAUUUGAUGUAGAGUUGCGGGUGACAAAAGGAAGGUUGCUUGACAUUAUUCAGGCGGUGCAACCACCAGACAUCAACUCACAUUUUCUGAACUGAGAGAACUUUUUGGGUGUUCUAGAUGCUUUGUUCAUCUGCUUGAGUCGUCAUCUGACAUUGACAAAUUUGCAGAUGACAAUUCAUCAUCUGUGUAUGACAGUGAUAUAGGAUCGUGUGUGAUAAAGAGGAGGGAUGCUGCUAUGCAAAAAUGUCAAAGAUGCAGACUUUAUACAACUGUAAAGUCUACUGAUCCAUGCGAGAGAUGUUCAGAUGUAAUUGCAGGCCCAUGGGCUGAUUGAUAUUUAUCAUUGAAAAAUAAAUGUAUACUGUGCUGCU